GAUGAGAAUUCUUGACUCAAGAUGUUAGAAGGUGUAAAAUUAAUAGGUGCCGGAGCAGCUACAAUUGCUUCAGCGGGAGCUGUUGUCGGUAUUGGAAACAUCCUUAGUUCCUCGAUCCAUUCCAUGGCGUAAAAUUCAUCAUUGGCUAAAUAAUCAUUUGGUUAUGCCAUUUUGGGCUUUGCUCUAACCGAAGAUAUUGCAUCAUUUGUCCCAAUGAUGUCGUCUCUUAUCUCAUCCGUAUUCUGAUCGAACAAAGAAAGGAGGUUUCAAUUUCAUUCUUAAUAGGCCUCUCUUUCUAAUAAGGAAGUGGAGGCAGGCCCAGCUUUAAAGCUUAUUAUGUCAAAGGCCGCGCAUACGUUUUUCAGCUGGGUACGAUUUAAAAUGAUUCCACAUUCAAGAAAGAACCGGACCUUCAA